AUGUCUAUUAAAUGUGUGAUUCUUUUUUCCAUCUCGAUUUUGCUAAUAACAAUCAUCGAAUCUACAAUUAUCGGCAAAUCGUCCGAUGGAAGAAAACACUAUAUAGUUGUCAUUAAAAGCGCUCAAAACAGCGAUACAGAACCAACAGUUGCUAUUACUAAGACCACUGAUUCUAUAUAUCAAGACCAUAUCUCAUGGAUUUCGAAUAUUCAUUCCCAAGCAACCAUCGUGACGUCUCUCGAUGAGAAUGGUCCCUUGUAUACUACCAAUAAUAGCAGCGGAGACAUUAUUAUUCGCGAAUACGCUAUUGGCGACAAUUUUCGUGCCUAUUCUGCUACGUUUGAUCCACAAUUUGUGGAAAAUGUUCUAAAACAGCGCGAAGAAAUUGAUUAUGUUGUACCAGAUUCCGAGGUUUGGGUUGCACGUAAUAUUGUUGGCCUUAAUGAAGAAGAUAUGAUUGAAGAGUAUUUAGCGUUAGGUGAUUAUGAUAAAGGAACAAAAAGCCAAGAUCCAUUAUUUGGGAUGAGAAUUCAAACAAAUGUUCCAUGGAAUCUCGAUCGUCUUGACCAGCGCUUUCUGCCUUAUGACGAUAGAUAUAUCUCACCUGCCACUGGAGGUCGAAGAGUGGAUGUUUAUGUAAUCGAUACCCAUGGAACUCAUGUUGCAGGAAUUAUCGCAGGGAACAAACAUGGGGUGGCAAAAGCCACCAGAGUUAUCGCAGUCAAAGCUUUAGGGAAAACAGGGACCGGAUCAUGGAGUGAUGUGAUUGCUGGAAUGAGUUGGGUGGCUAAACGGCAUAAACACAGUAAAAGAAAGCGUUCUGUUGUCAACCUCUCUUUGACUGGUAAAUACUUUCCGCCAGCCAACGCAGCCGUCAAGGCAUUGACUGAUAUUGGCGUUCAUGUAACUGUUGCGGCUGGAAAUUACUACGGCGCAAAUGCUUGUUUUUUUUCACCCUCUUCCUCUCCUGAAGCGAUUACCACAGGAUCAUCAAGCAUCGAUGAUACAAUAUCUAAAUUCUCAAACGUUGGGGCAUGUAUUGAUGUUUUCGCUCCCGGUCAAAAUGUUACUUCUGUCUGGCUUCGUAACGGAACUAAAAGUCUGUCUGGAACAAGUAUGGCCUCUCCUCAUGUUGCCGGCGUUAUUGCUCUGAUUAUUGCCCAAUGUGGUAAUAUGCCACCGGCUAGAAUGAAGACAAAGAUUAGAGACAUGGCAACUCGAGGAAUUUUGAAAGAUGGCAGCUUAUCUUCUAAUUUGCUAUUAUUUUUAGAUCGCCUACGCUAA